GUUUAGUAAUUGGGUAGCUCAGUAAUUUUGAUUUGGAGCAGAGAGUAACAAAGCCAGGCCAAGGAGUUAAGUUCAUCCGUAGAGCCGUAGGUAGGUGUGAAUGGAAGGGGGUGAGUCUGGGGCUUUGAGGCGCUGAUAGGUGGAGUCGUGGCAGGAGGCAGAGCCGGGGGAAGUAGGACUCGGGAGCAAGGCAAGCUGCUAUAGGUGGAGUGAGGUGUCAUUAAUGGGUGAGGAGGAAGAGGGAGGAGUGUGACUUUAACCUCCAGGCUACCAGACGUUUCACUGGGGUGUAGGGAGAGGUAGGGUUAAGGUACUGGGGAAGCGCUAGGAGGGAAGAAAUACUUCCAGGGAGGGGUAGACAUUUUUGAGAAGGAGACAUUUAUCUGUACAGGAUUUCAGAAGACGAGUCACUCACGGGAAUCUCUGGCUUUGCGUCUUGGGUCUGCCUAGGGAGAAGUACUUACUCUCCCUCGCCCCUUGGAGAGAACGCGCGGACCUGCGCCUGCGCGCGGCCGCAUGCUCGCUGGCUGGCUCUCUAUCUCCAGCCUCUCUCUGUCACUCUCUCUGUCAAUCUCUCUCUCUUAACCCCGCCUUUUCCGGCAGCCCUUGUGGGCGUGGUGGCGCUGGCAAGAUGGCGGCGCCCGAAGCGUUGAUACUUCCGGAGAAACCCAGCCACAAAAAAUACAGGGCCGCCCUGAAGAAGGAGAAACGAAAGAAACGACGUCAGGAACUUGCCCGAUUGAGAGACUCAGGUCUCUCACAGAAGAAGGAGGAAGAAGAGAAGGAAGCUAUUAUUGAACAACAACAACAAGAAGAAGAGAAACUGUUGGAGAUACAGAGGCAAAAGUUACAUGAGGAGUGGUUGCUGCGGGAGCAGAGGGCACAAGAAGAAUUCAGAGUAAAGAAGGAAAAGGAAGAGGCGGCUAGAAAACGGCAGGAAGAACAGGAGAGAAAGUUAAAGGAAGAAUGGGAGGAACAGCAGAGAAGAGAGAAAGAAGAGGAGGCGCAGAAGCUGCAGGAGAAGAGAGAAAGAGAGGAGGCUGUACAGAAGAUGCUGGAGCGGGCUGAGAAUGAGUUGGAAAAUGCUGCCACAUGGCAAAACCCAGAACCACCCACAGAGUUAAGAAUAAUGGAGAAAGACCGAGCUAACUGUCCAUUCUACAGUAAAACGGGAGCUUGCAGGUUUGGAGACAGGUGUUCACGUAAACACAAUUUCCCCACGUCGAGCCCCACGCUCCUCGUUAGAAGCAUGUUCACAACGUUCGGAAUGGAGCAGUGCAGAAGGGAUGACUAUGACCCCGACGCCGGCCUGGAGUACAGCGAAGAGGAGACCUACCAGCAGUUCCUGGACUUCUACGAGGACGUGCUCCCCGAGUUCAAGAACGUGGGGAAGGUGAUCCAGUUCAAGGUCAGCUGCAACCUGGAACCUCAUCUGAGGGGCAAUGUGUAUGUUCAGUACCAGUCGGAAGAGGAAUGCCAAGCAGCCCUUUCUCUGUUCAAUGGACGAUGGUAUGCAGGACGACAGCUUCAGUGCGAAUUCUGCCCGGUGACCCGGUGGAAAAUGGCAAUUUGUGGUUUAUUUGAAAUACAACAGUGCCCAAGAGGAAAACACUGCAACUUUCUUCACGUGUUCAGAAAUCCCAACAAUGAAUUUUGGGAAGCUAAUAGGGACAUCUACCUGUCUCCAGAUCGGUCUGGCUCUUCCUUUGGCAAGAACUCAGAGAGAAGAGAGAGGAUGGGCCACCAUGACGAGUACUAUGGCAGGCCCAGGAGGAGGAGAAGCCCCAGUCCACCCCGUUCCUACAAAAGGAAUGGGGAAGCUGAGAGGAAAAGGAGAAGUAGCCACAGGGAGAAGAAAUCUCACAAACACACGGCAAAAAGUCGUGAAAGGCACAGUUCACGAAGUAGAGAAAGAAAAAGGGACCGCAGCCGGGGCCGGGGCAGCCAGAGCAGGAGCCGCCGGAGCCGGAGUCGGACCCGGAGCCGGAGCCCCAGCCCCACUAGGUCCAGGAGUCGUGGCCGGAGGAGGUCAGGUAGCAGAGACAGAACUAUUCAUAGUCCCAAAUCCAAAUAAACUGAUUUUGUUUUGAAAUGAUUGCAUAUCUUAUUUAUUACGGCUGCUGCAUAAGGGCUCUGAAUUUAAAUGGGUUAGCAAGUCUGGCAGAAAACCCUAUGUCAUCUGCAAAUCUUAAAAAUACUUAUUCUUUGGUAAUUUAUAUGCUGAAAUGUAUAAACAUGAAUAUUGCUUGUAAUUCUAAACCUAACAGAUAAGUGGUUAAGCCCUGGCUGGGGUGGCUCAGUUAGUUGGGUGUCCUGCAAACCGACAGAUCGCCAGUUCAAUUCCCAAUUAGGGCACAUGCCUGGGUUGUGGGCCCAGUUCCAGUUGGGGACG